UGCAAGAACGCCGCUACCUCGCAUGUGUGCAUGAGGCGCUGUGUGCGCCUGUGUCGGAUUACAUCCGCAACUCCUCGGAAGAAAAUUGCGUCCUUUGUUCCGUAGUCGUUUACAAACAGGUACCACUACGUAGUAUUUUCUUUUCAAUUUGUUGACUUAUAUCAAGAAAAGAAAUAAGAAGUAAAUUGCUAGUACUUGUUUCGAUUUCCAUCUGAAGAGCUUCAGGAGAUGCAUUCAUUUUUUUUCAGUCCUGCAAUGUCGUUGGUUUCUCAGGAGUGGACGAAGCGCAAAGCCUUGGACGAGCAGAAGCAAUUGAGUCGGACUUCAUCUAAUGAGAC